AACGUAAACUGCUCGUCACAUGCAAUGGAAAUUGAAGCAGCUCUACGCAUCUGGCGUAGGACAGAGGCAGACAACACAAAGAUGCAGUUUACGACAUUCCUCAGCGACGGGGACAGCAAGGCGUAUGCGGCAGUGUCGGAAGCAGAUGUGUAUGGGUCCACCGCGGUGACGAAGGAAGACUGCACGAAUCAUGUCGCCAAACGUCUUGGAACAGCACUGAGGAAACUAAAGACUCCUCUACCACGUGAGGAGAAGCUUGGCGACAAGACCAUUCAACAACUGCAGCGGUACUACCAAAUUGCCAUCACCAGCAACCGAGGGAGUGUGCGAGGCAUGUACUGUUCAAUCUGGGCAUCGUAUUUUCACUCAUGCUCGACUGACGGAGCCAGCAGCCACAAGUUCUGCCCUGACGGGGAGGAGUCCUGGUGCAAGCAUAAGCGGGCACUAGCUCUACAAGCACCGGCUCCGGCCCACACACCCCUCCUCACCAAAGCACAAGGGAAGGCAGUGCUUCCCAUCUACAAACGAUUGACGGACAUCAAGCUCCUUGCUCGCUGUCUGCGGGUGAAGACACAAAAUGCUGCGGAGUCUUUGAACAGCAAGAUUUGGAUGUUGUGCCCCAAGACCCGCUUUGCUGCACGGACUGCGGUGGAGACCGCCACUGCCAUUGCUGUGCUAUGGUUCAAUCGGGGCCACUCCAGCUUCGAGCAAGUUCUGGAAGAGCUGGGAGUCCUCCCUUCCAAGCAGCUGGUCCAUCUGAGCAGUGCGGCUGACCAGAAGAGGAUAACCAGCAUGUCUGCAAAGCUGACCGCUGAGGCCAGGUCUCAUCGACGCCGUCAGCUGAAGCGUGCCCGUGCGGAGGACUCUAACCGCAAAGACCGUGAGGGCUCUACCUAUUAGGCAGGAGAGUUUUAGUCUGGGGGUCUAGAAAUAGACAUUUGGGACUAUAUCAUCUUGAAGUUUCAUGUGGUUUGAUUGUCACAUUUGGU